GAAUAAUAACUAAAAUUACCAUUUUUGUCCUCGCGAGAAACCAAAAUAACAUGGCAUCCGCUGAUCUGUUAUUGUGUUCCGAAGCCGCCAUUGGCGAGGAUUCGGCGAAGCUAAACUGAGAGUGGAACUGCAUCCGCAGUAAAACGCAUAACACAAAAACAAUAUAUUCAAUUCUUAUUCUGCGGAAGGAAAAGUGAGAUGUUGUCUUCGGAGACCAUUAAUAUCGCUGCAAGUACGCAGAAACUCGAUGUUGACAAUCGACUUGCUCUGCGAUUCUAUUACAGAAUCGCCGAUAAUAUCCUCAAACAGGCUGAUAUCUUUCGUGCAGAGAACAAUAUCGUCGAUCUAUAUGUCAUGCUCCUAAGAUUUUCUAGUUUGGUCUCUGAGACGAUACCACGUCACCGAGAUUAUAGAUCAUCUCCACAAAUCAAGAAAGAAAUUUUGAGAAAGAAAUUGUUAAAUUCUUUGAAUGAGCUGGAGAAAUUGAAACCAAAGGUGCAACAGAAGAUCAAUGAGUUUAAUAACAGCAGGCGAGCAUACCACCAUCACAAUGGGCUGAAAAAUUGUUAUUCAAAUAAUUUGAUGGUUUCUCCAGUGAAAAAGCAAUCUUUGGCUAGUUAUGGUCGAACAAAGGCAAUCGUGCCAACUACAGGAGAGUUUGUUUAUCAAGGAUCAAGGGGCCAGCAGUUUUCUAGUGUAAGGCCUGUGGAAGAAAAUAUGAGAAGACUAUCUCUAAAUCUCCUACGUCCAAAGGAGGAAACUCUCUCCAGACAUUCUAUUCUAGGUCCCAAUGGACUGAAAGGACAGUGGCGACCACCUGCAAGUGAUCACGGGGUCAGGUAUCCAACCAUCAUAGAUUUGUCUCCAGUUGAAAUUCCAAGCCUUCAACAACCCUUGGAAGAUGGAUCUCUGAGUGAAAAAGAUAAUACCGUUUCAGAACAACAAAGAUCAGACGUAGAAUCAUUUCUUACCCUGAGUGACAACUUCCAGGAAAAGCUUGCUGAUGAAGCUCCUUCUCUUAUCUCUUUUGAAGCAACAGAAAUCCCUACUCAAAUAGAAGUUAUCAGACAGCCUUCUCCUCCACCUGUACUUGCUGAAGUACAGGAUUUGAUUCCAGUAGUGUCACCUCAUGUUAUUGAGGAAGGAUGUAUGAAAGAAAUUCCAUCAUCAGAUAGUAUUGUUCGUGCUGAGUCUCCUCUGCAACUACACAUUUCAACUUCUAUGAUGAAGAGUUUUAUGGAGCUUGCCAAAUCAAAUACUGACAAAAAUUUAGAGACUUGUGGCAUUCUUGCAGGUUUGCUUAAAAACAGGAAAUUUUAUAUUACAGCUCUAAUAAUCCCAAAGCAGGAGGCAACAGCUAGUUCUUGCCAAGCUACAAAUGAAGAGGAGAUAUUUGAAGUACAGGAUAAGCAAUCUCUUUUCCCCCUAGGAUGGAUCCACACACAUCCCACACAAUCUUGUUUCAUGUCAUCAAUUGAUGUACAUACCCAUUACUCGUAUCAGAUUAUGCUGCCAGAAGCUGUUGCAAUAGUCAUGGCACCAACAGACAGUUCAAGAAGCCAUGGCAUUUUUCGGUUAACAACCCCAGGUGGAAUGUCGGUCAUAAGACAAUGCCAGCAACGUGGCUUUCAUUCACACAAUCAGCCUCCUGAUGGUGGUCCCAUUUACGAUACUUGCACAGAUGUUUACAUGAACCCAGAUUUAAAAUUUGAUGUCAUUGAUCUUCGAUGACAAAGAGUAUGUUUUUCUUGAUGGCUGAACUACAAUAGUCAUCUAAUUGUUCAUAUUACCAUAACUUCACAUGAUAAGAACACCAGCCGUGGACAUUAUAAUGCAUUCAUGCUGCAUGUGCCUGUAAAAAGAUUGGAACUAUUCACCAAUGGAUGCCUGCACGGUCAUUAUUUUGUUA